AGGGCAAGAAAGUCUUUGAGACUCUACAAGAAACAGAAGUUAAAUACAACGAUGGUCUGUUCCUCCAGACCCUGUACAUGCCUGAAGACCACUACCCAGGCCCAUUGACUGGGGCCCAGGGACCACCUAGAUGCAUACAACUGCACAGGCUUUAAAGGCUACAGACCAGGCCUUUCCAUCCCACACCUCUGCCUCACUAGGACUUGGUCCUUUGCCUGUUGAGCACACGAGGAAAUGGCUGCUGUGUCUGCGCCUGCCCAUUGCCAGGAAUCAGUGACAUUCGAGGAUGUAUGUGUGAUUUUCACGGAUGAAGAGUGGGAGUAUCUGGUUCCUGUGCAGAAGGCCCUUUACAAGGUGGUGAUGCUAGAGAACUACCAGAACAUUGUCUCUCUGGGACUUCCAGUUCUUCAACCUGAUGUGAUUUUUCAGUUGAAGAAAGGGGACAUGUCAUGGAAGGAGGGUCUUCAUGGAUCUGAGGAGAAAGAGUGUCCAGAGAGUCUCGCUCUAGUAUGGAAGACUAAGCCUGACCUUCAAGAUGCUUCAGAAGAAGGAAAACUGAGGGAAAGUCUUGAAAGACAAAGUCCUCUGUGUCCUAAAAUUGAAGUUCAAGCACCAGAGAGUGGGUUGAAAACAAAGAAGAAAAGCCUCUCAGUGGAACCUUGCAAGAAAUCCUAUUCCCAGGACAAAAGCUUGAAGAGAGGAUCACCCAAGAAAGUCCUUACUAAAGAUCGAGAUCAGGAAUGCAGUGAUUGUGGGAAGACUUUCUUUGACCACUCAUCACUCAUCCGCCACCAGAGGACUCACACUGGAGAGAAGCCUUAUAACUGUCCCGAGUGCAGGAAGGCCUUCAGUCACCGAAGCAGUCUCAGCAGACAUUUGAUGUCCCACACUGGGGAGAGCCCCUAUGAGUGCAGCGUGUGUGGCAAGGCCUUCUUUGACCGGUCAUCCCUAACUGUACAUCAGCGGAUUCACACAGGAGAGAAGCCCUUUAAGUGCAGCGAGUGUGGAAAAGCCUUCUUUGACCGGUCAUCCCUUACUCGACACCAGAGAAUUCAUACUGGAGAAAGUCCUUAUGAAUGUCAUCAGUGUGGGAAAGCCUUUAGCCAGAAGAGCAUUCUCACUCGCCAUCAGCUGAUCCACACUGGCAGGAAGCCGUAUGAGUGCAAUGAGUGUGGGAGAGCCUUCUAUGGUGUCUCCUCGCUGAACAGACACCAGAAAGCUCAUGCUGGGGAGCCGCGCUAUCAGUGUAAUGAGUGUGGCAAAGCAUUCUUUGAACGCUCUUCCCUCACACAACAUCAGAAGAUCCAUACCGGAGACAAGCCAUAUGAAUGCAGCCAGUGUGGGAAAGCCUUCAGCCAGAGGUGCCGGCUCACGCGACAUCAGAGAGUACAUACAGGAGAGAAGCCCUUUGAGUGCAGUGUGUGUGGGAAAGUUUUCAGCUCAAAAUCAUCUGUGAUUCAACACCAGAGGCGUUAUGCCAAACAGGGAAUAGACUGAGUUGGGUUGAAGCUCCAGUCAGACCAAAAAAAAAAACCUCUCCAUAAACUUAAGAUAGGUCUUCCUGUCGUAAACAAACCUGACAUCUGCUCAUUCUGCCCAUUCUGGCCACUGCCUGUGUAUCAUGAGUGUUAGAGCAGACAUCCUGUACCUACUAUGUUGCAGAACAAGCAUGAGGUGUGCAAGUGAGGAAAUGACUCUACAUUCCAAAAUUGGGAAAGGGACUGGAGUGUUUCUCAAUGGUAGAACAUUGUGUAGCUUGUGGGAAGCCCUGCGUUUCAUCUCUAGCACUGAAAAAAAAAAAAGGAAACAUUAUCAAACAAUAGGAUAGAUGUUAGCAGUGGAUCCUCACACAUACCUCCUGUCAGAACCUCAGCCCUAAGGAAUCCCUGCACUUUAAAUAACUAGAAACUCCUACAGGAAGAGAAAGGCACAAUUAAUAGAUGGCAGGAGUAUUUCUUCCAGAGAGAUAUUCACAACUCCACUGCUAGCGUUUUGGUAGUUAAUUGGAGAGAGGAGUCUCAUAGACUUUGCCUGCAUGGGCUGGCUUCAAACCCCAUCCUCAGAUAUCAGCCUCCUGAGAAGGGUUGCAAGCAUAAGCCAUCAGAGAAAGUCUUUUUCUCUUUGCCACUAUGCUCUAGUUUUAUAAUCUACAUACAUAUGUUGCUUCCAACUAGAUUGUAAGCACUUGGAGGUAUGACUUACAGGUCUAUAUCUCAUAGAGUACCUUGUAAAUAGUAGGUGCUCAUUAUUUACAGUCUGCCUUAAUGUGCCCCUCGCCACACACACCAAACUUGACAUCCUGACUCAGAAUUCUUGUGGUACCUCAGCCCAGCUCUACAUUUUUAUUUUAUUGACUCAGGCACUAAGCAAUCUUUACUCUAAGUAUCUGUAUUCUUUUUCUAGUCACAUAAGGUGAAACAUUAAAAAAAACAAACACAUGUUUUUGAAAACUCUGGAAUUAAAUUCCAUGAAUCCUGAUGGAUAUUAAAGUAGAUUUUUCCCAGAAGGGAAAGAUCCAGGAAGUUGAUUUGCCAAACAGAUCCCUCACAGCCUAACACAUCUAAAUCAUUGUACGUGUGUGUGUGUGUUUGUGUGUGUGUGAGACAGCGAGAGGAGAGAGAGAGAGAGAGAGUUGAA